AUGCAAGAAGAGCUUGGGCUAGCUGUUCGUAGCCGAUGCACCAUUAUUGUAAGGGUAUUCUUUUCGCCUACGUGUAUGGAUCCUAAAGCUAAACUAGCAGACCUAACGAAAUAUGCUCACUCAUACAAGCGACUUAUAUGUUUGGCAUCUCUUAAAAUCUUCAGGCCCAACGUGGAGGUCACUCUUAGGCAUUUUGAUUGGCAUGGGCUUUACCCGUCACUGAGGAACUAUGGCCUUGUGUCGAGCUAUUCUAGGAAUAUUUGA